AUGACGCUAGCCGAGGAGUUCCGCCAGAGAAAUUUCAAUAUCUAUGGUCAAUGGGCCGGUGUUCUGUGUAUUGUUCUCUGCUUCGCGCUCGGUAUUGCGAAUAUCUUCACCACCAAUGUGCUGCACAUUGUCAUCUCCGUGGUCUGCCUCGCCUCGUCAUUCGUCCUGCUCUUCAUCGAAGUCCCCUUCCUUCUUCGAAUUUGCCCAACCUCCUCCAAGUUUGACGACUUUAUUCGCCGCUUCACAACCAGCUGGAUGCGAGCUGCCAUUUACCUCAUUCUCAGUGGUAUCCAGUGGGCCAGUCUGGCCACUGGUGCUUGCAGUUUGAUCGCCGCUGCCGUUUUCCUCGAUAUCGCCGCUAUCUUCUAUGCGCUUGCCGGUGUGAAGAGCCAGGAGUUUAUUCGAAGCAAGACUCUGGGUGGCGCUGGUGUUGCACAGAUGAUUGUCUAA